GUGUGAGACCACCCACGCCUGUUGCCCCCGAGCCCACCCACUCAAACUCAUCCCAAUAAUUGAAUUUCAGUUUUCAAUCCAACAAUAAUACAAAAAAAAAAAUAAAAAAAAAUUAGGUUACGCAACUUCAAUUCAAGCCACAUAUACGCGAUCCCAGAACCAUCUCGCUGCCGUCAACCACCAUGGAUCAACACUUCCUCCACCACUACAACCACCACCAAGAACACCGUUCAAGAUACGCUCCUCCAGCUUCUCAAUCGCACUACCAUCUCCCUCCACCACCUGCUCUUCCACCUCCUCCACCUCUCUCUUACCGCACUAUCGACACCCUUCCUCCUCCACCUCCGCCUCCAUCUUACAACCCUUCUUUACCUCACCAUUCUCCUCGAUUCCCUUUUUACCCCAUCGAAGAACAACGCACUCUCUCAAACUCAUUCACCAAUCGUAACGACCAUAUCCCCCGCCGUAUCGUCCCUGAACCCCCUUGGAACCCUAACCCCGAAGACCGCUCCACCAGAAAUCAUCCUCCCGUCGAUUUCCAUCGCGAUUCGCACCACCACAACCACAACCACCGUACUCCGCCUUCAUAUCCACCUAUCCGUUACGAAUCUGAGAGCUCUUACGGGAGGUUAAACUCAGAAACCUCCCGCCUAGUAGGAAGCCCUAGGGAAGCCUUCGUCUACGGCAGAACCACCAACGAGGAUAGCUACCACCGCCGCGCAACUGCCACGUCCACCUCAACAUCCAAUAUCGCCUAUCACCCAAUCAAUGACGAGUCCCCCAGAACGGAAAACAGAAGGUGGUUGAAUGAUAGAAAAGUACACAAUUCUUCUCCUUCACAUUCUCCUUCUUUUGAAUUGGUGAAUGAUGAAAUUGGUACUUCUGUGAAACGAGAGUAUCAUGGUUCUGAUACGGUUAGGUAUAGUAAUGGUAGCAAUAGUGGUAGAUCGAAUAGUAGAGAGUGUAAUCAUGGUCGUGAAUUCAGUCGUACUCCACCUAAGAAACAGAUUCAAAAGAAGAGUGCUCUUCUUAGAAUCCAGACGGUAAAACCAAACCAUAGGAAUCGUGACAUUGAACAGUUGCGUUAUGUUUCUGAUUCUAACAAUAACUUCUUCAGGGGUAACAAUAAAGAUCAACAUGGAGGUUACACAAAGGGUGAAGAUAGGAAAAAAGGAAGCCCGGUUGAACUUGACAUUUCUUUUGAAUCUAACUCUCUUGUGGCCAAGGCUAUUGUCACCGCCCCACCAUCCACUUCUGGUGCCACUGCUGCUCCUGUUUCUGGUAAACUUAAACUGUCUUCUGUUGUUGAAAAUUUGAAUGAUAAUAAUAAUACUUCGCAGAAGAAUGUAGGUGAUGCUUGUAAUCCUCAUGACAAACAUGGGAUGGCAGUUUCUGUUAAAGGUAUUGGCACUUGUACUCGGAAAUUGGCCUCUAAGGUUGUCAAGAAGAAGAAAAUUGUUAAAAGAGUGGUGAAGAAAGGUUCUGUAAAUCCUACUAGUUCAAGCGUGCUGGCUUCACCUUCUCUCGCCAAAGCAGUUGGUGGAACUGUGCAGGCAGAUAGUGUAACACACAGCUCGUCCAAUGCUGCCUCUGAAAAUGUUAAAACUGAAACUUGUUUGGAGGAGAAAGUCAUUGCUGUUGAUAAGGUAUCUGCACCAAACAAUGAAAAGACUGUAUUGUGUGAAGAUGAAAGUCGGGGUUUGUCCCUGCUGAGUUCGGGGCCAGAAUGCAGAUCACAAGAAUGUAAGAUCAAUGAAGAUUCUGAUUUUGGGAAAGAAUCCAGGUUUGAAAGAGGUGGAAGUAUUUCAAGUGCUCCAUCUUGUGCUUCUAGUAGUGUAGAUAAAAAUUGUGGUUCUGAUAGUGAUUGUUUAGAUGUGUGUAAUUCUGUCCAUGAUUUGCUUAGCGUGACAAAAAUUGACAAACCUACUAAGUCAUUAAAUGGAAGUACUUCUGAACUCCAUCACUUGGAUUGUGGGAACAAGCAAACAUGUCAGAGUGAAGUAUCUCUAUCACCUGGGAAGUAUAUAGAUGUAGGAUGUUCAGAGAAUAGGAAUCUUGUAGAUGCAGGGAAUGAAUUGAAUUCCAAUGUCCUUUCAGCUGAUAUUAUAAAUACACAUAAUUCUGCUGAUGACAGCGUUUACGGCUUCAAUUCCAAUGAUCUUACAAGUUCAGAAGAGAAAAUUACUGUCAAUGACAGUGAGAAUAAUGACAUUGAUGCAGGGGCUUAUUGUGUAAAGAUGGGUCUUGCGAUCACUACAUUGGAACAAAAUUCAGAUACAGCUAUCCCUCUGCCAUGCAGUGGAAUGGUUGCCUCUUUAAGUUUAGGAGAUAUUAGGAUUCAGGAUGGUCAAGAUUGCCUACAACAUACCAGUGUACUGAAGAAGGGUUCUGAUGAUGGAUCAUCUAGUUUAGAAGAGAGUAUCGUUGUUCACCAAUUUGGUAUAAUUAAAGAUGCUGAAAAGCAAGUGUCCCCUGGUGAAGUCCCCAUAUAUGCUGAGAAUUGCGACAUAGAUAAAACAUUUCCAAAUUCUAAUAUUUCACUUGGAUUUGAAGUAAGGGAUACAAGUAAGAUAGAAAAGAGAAAUGUUAGGACUCGUUUAAAUUUUUUGAGUUUGGAUUUGGAAGAUAUAUCUCUGACUCCAGUUAGCCAUUCAAAUGAUGCUGAUAGAGGCUCAAGAAUUUUAUUGAAGGAUCCAUGUCCUUCAGAAGUCCUAGAUCAUUCUAUUCAAAGUCUAGAUUUUUACUCACUGUCCAACCAGGUUAGGGGCAUUGCUUUACAAGGGAAAAGGGCUUUUUCAGAGACUGAAUUUUGUGUUGCAAAUAAUGCUAGUGAUGAUGAAAAUAAGGUUUCAACAGUUUCUAAGAGGAAAAAAGUCACUGCUAGUAACCCAAAUUUAACUCAAUUUCAAACUGAAUUUAUUGAUUCAAUUGUAGCUACUACAUCUAGUGCAGAAGUUCCUAUCGGUUUCAGUGAUAGCCAUGAACAUAAGAAAGACGUUGUUCCAUUGUCAAGCAUGGGUAUGGAUAUUCAGUAUAAUGCUCAGUCAAUGCCUUAUUCAGGUAAUAUUGCUAAAUUGUCUGAAUGUAAUUUCACUGGAGGAUCAUUUGAGCCUAUGAAUGCAAAUGGGGAAACCAAGAGUUCUGAGCAUUUGGAGUUGCAGCACUCAGAUAUUGUCUCUACACAAUGUGCGGACUUGGCAAUUCCAAAUGUUCAGUUUUCAGUGUUAGGGUGUGAGCAGAAAGAUAAUGUUACUCCAGUUGUGCCUAUAACUAAUAGUCAAACUACUGACAUUUCGGUUAUUGGGAUUAUCAAGGGAGAUAAUACAGAUUCACAGGAUGCCGAAAACAGUUACCAUUAUAGAGAUGAUGUGCAAAGGUCUCCAAGGGCUGAUAUGUUAUCGAAUGAUUUCAAUAUGAAGAAUGAUUCACUUGCUCAGGAGAACCUAAUGUCCUGUCCUGUCGCUGGGGAUGGAUUUACCAUCAGUAAUUCAAAUAAUGAAUUGAUUGAGGAUUUGCCCAAUGCUUUAUCUGAUAUAUAUUCUCAUGGGAUGACAUCUGAAUUACCGGAUAGAAUAAUUACUGAAUUUACAGCAAUCGAUGAUGAUGAAAACAUUUGCGAGGGUGAAGAAAAUCCAAAAACUGAAUCUAUUGUCAAACAUGGUUCUGACUCAGAUACUUCUACUUCAUUAAAACAGCAUAGUGAAAAAACUAUGAAGUUAGAUUACGUAAUUGGAUGCAGUGACCCAAUUACAAGGAAUAUAACGCCAGAACCAACCCAAGUUUGUUCCAAAGUUACACCCCUGGGCCUAAAUCCAUCUUGUUCUGAAUUAAAUGGAAGCAAAACUCAGCCUGAUGGUGUCAUCCUUAAAGCGUCUCAGGAUUAUUCUUUUGCCUUUCCGAAGCCAAAAACAAAGACUCCUGCCUCUUCAAUGCAUGCUUUAAAAUCCCGUACUUGGCAUCGGACUGAUAAUAAUAAUCCUCCCGCUUCUCUACCUAGAGUCAAGUUUUCAGCAAGAAUAGUUCCUCCCAGAAACCCAAUUCUCGAAAGGAAAAAGAACUUUCAAAAUACUUCUUACAUUCGUAAGGGUAACAGUCUUGUUAGGAAUCCUACUCCAGUUUCUGCUAUACCUCAAAUCUCCUCUACCAGUCUCAUGAGGAAAUCUACUCCGGUUUCUGCGAUACCUCAAAUCUCCUCUGCAAAUCUGCUACCUUUGGGCUUAGGUGAAAUACCGAAGGGCACCAAACCUGAAAGCAGGGCUGAUUUGACAGAUUCGUCAAUCUAUUCAAAAAUGAAAGCAUCUAAUAGUGCUCUACCCAUUGACACCAAAUCAGAGGAAAAGAUAUCUUUUCGGUCGCUAGAACCCUCUUCCAGUGGUUGCUGUGAAAACACAACUGAUCUUAGGAAGUUUAUUGAAAGUAAUGAUGCACCAGUCUCCUCUGGAGAUGUACCAAAACAAUUUGAAGCUCUUGAAAAACAAACUGAUCCAUUUAGCAAUGGGGGGUGUCAAGCUGAAGCAAAUGAUGGAAAUAUUUCUUCUUUGAACUCAAAAAGAAUAGUUUAUGUAAAGCCUAAAACAAAUCAAUUGGUUGCUACUUCGAGUUCUAGUGAUAUGAUUGUCUCUACUGAUGACAAAGGCCAAACAGCCUUCUCUGAUAGCUAUUUCAAAAGGAGAAAAAAUCAAUUGGUUAGAAAUACGUUUGAAAACCACACAGUUGCAAUGCCCAAUAACAUUGGGAAUUCUGACGUUCAAGGAGCUACUAGAGUACUUUGCAACCGGAGGUUUACCAAGAGGCGGUCACAUAAAGUUGCUGGGUUGUCAAGUAAAUCUUCAAGAGCCUCAUUGGUGUGGACACUUAGUAGCAAAAAUUCUUCUAGAAAUGAUAGGAACUCGUGGCAUUAUCAAAAGUUUCCAUGGAAAAGAACAACAUAUUUAAGAAGCUUCAUUCAUAAUUCAGCUUCAAGUUUCAAUAGUGGUUCCUUAUCUGCAGCCGGCAAGAAAUUGCUUCUGUUGAGAAAGAGGGACACUGUAUACACCAGGUCGACCCGUGGGUUUUCUCUUUGGAAAUCCAAAGUUUUAGGCGUUGGAGGGUCUAGUUUAAAAUGGUCAAAAUCUAUUGAGAAGCACUCAAAGAAAGCUAAUGAGGAAGCUACACUUGCUGUUGCUGCUGUUGAGAGGAAGAAGAGAGAAAAGACAAAUCCAGCUCGUACUGGUUCUCAAACAAAGAGAGAACGUAUUUUUCGUGUUGGUUCAGUUCGCUACAGAAUGGAUCCUUCCAGGCGGACACUUCAGAGGAUUUCAGAUGAUGAGUCCCUGUCCUCUGCCUCAACCAGUUCAGGUUUGGUUUCUAAAAGAGGUUACAUCCCAAGGAGAUUAGUGAUUGGAAAUGAUGAAUAUGUCACAAUUGGCAAUGGAAACCAACUUAUAAGAGACCCAAAGAAACGAAUUCGAAAACUGGCAAAUGAAAAAGUUAGAUGGAGCUUGCACACUGCCAGACAGCGGUUGGCUCGUAAGCAGAAGUACUGCCAGUUUUUCACAAGAUUUGGGAAAUGUAACAAGGAUGGAGGGAAGUGUCCUUACAUUCACGAUCCCUCAAAAAUUGCUGUCUGUACUAAGUUCCUGAAUGGUUUAUGUUCUACUCCAAACUGCAAAUUGACUCAUAAGGUUCUUCCAGAGAGAAUGCCCGAUUGCUCAUACUUCUUGCAAGGCUUAUGCUCAAACAAAAGUUGUUCAUAUAGACAUGUCAACGUGAACCCUAAUGCAUCUAUUUGUGAAGGAUUUCUUAAGGGUUACUGUGCUAACGGGAAUGAGUGCCGGAAGAAGCACAGCUACGUCUGUCCUAGUUUUGAAGCAACAGGAACCUGUACUCAAGGAACCAAAUGCAAGCUUCACCACCCCAAAAAACAAAGCAAGGGAAAGAAAAGAAAGAGAUCCGGAGAUCAGAACAACGAUAAUGGACGUUACUUUGGUUCUAUUCCUGCGGAUGUUUCUGAACCUGGGUUGACGGUUGCUUCCAGCCAUUCUCAACAGAAUGAAGAACAUGAAAAUGAACUAACCGACUACAUCAGUCUUGAUGUAUAUGAAGAAGCAGAAGACAUGGUUGACCAAUCAUUUGAGCUAUCAACAUUUUGUGACACUGAUGCCAUGGACACUUCUGAUGAACUCAUCAAAUCUAUUUCUAUAAUACCGAAAUUUGCUUUGCAAUCUCAGUCUAGAAGCCCGCAAGCUUAGGCAAGUGGCAGAGACUAAAGGCAGUUUUAAACGAGGUAAUUAAGGUAAUACAUAGUUUUCACCUAUUUUUCUGAAAUUGAGUUCAUUGAUUUUUAGUUUUUCUUGUCAUUUUGUAUACAGCAUAGGUCAUUCCCCCCACCCCCUUGAUUUUUAUGUAUACUAUUGUACAAAAACAUAUGACAAUUGGCAAAUAGAGAGAAAAGUUACCUGCCCUAAUGUGGGUAGGUUUAAUGAGAA